GUAGAUGAGUGUAAAACUUUCUAUUUUUCUGGGCAAGAAACAGUCAAUUCCUUGCUUGCAUGGGCAACCCUGCUUUUAGCAAUACACACCGAUUGGCAAGAUAAAGCAAGAGCAGAGGUGAUUGAGGUCUUUGAUAAUCAAAACCCAGAUUCUGAAGGGAUGGCCAAAUUAAAGACGAUUACCAUGAUUAUCAAUGAAACUUUACGGCUCUAUCCUCCUAUAAGUGGCGUGAUAAGAAAAGUAGGAAGAGAAGUCCGAUUAGGAACACUUGUCCUGCCUACUCAUUCAGAGGUCGACAUGCGAAUCAUAGCACUUCACCAUGAUCCUGACUUAUGGGGAGAUGAUGUUGAUCUUUUCAAACCAGAGAGGUUUGCUGAAGGGAUAGCCGAAGCUACAAAGUACAAUGCAGCUGCAUUUAUGCCCUUUGGAUUGGGACCUCGAUCUUGCGUAGGCAUGAGCUUUACAAUCAUUCAAGCGAAAAUUGCACUGUCCAUGAUUCUGCAACGCUACACUAUCAACCUCUCCCCUAGCUAUGUUCAUGCACCUUUACAACGUCUUACACUCAGGCCACAACAUGGGAUUCAGUUGUUGUUUCAUUCACUACGUUAUGAUGCUUAAAAUUCUAGGCUGUUGGUCUCCAAUAUAGUAAUAUAUAAUAAAAUGUGGAUAAUACUGUAUUUUGCAACCAUAUGAUGAUAUAUGGUUUUGGGAUUUCAUGUUUUGGUGACAAGAUUAUAUGCUUCUUUCUUUUUGCUGAUAUUGUUGAAGGUUAAAAAGGUAUUACAGCAAACGUCGCCACCACAGGAGCAGGCCCUACAGUCCUGUGAAUAACAUAAUCAACAACAAAAUAGUCCACCAAAGAGAAAUCAAUUCAAACUACCUCAAAGAGGUGGAACGAAGCAGCAAAUCCAGUCAGCUCCCUGAACAUCAUACAGCAACACAGCAACACAGCAACAAGAACAUCACAACCCAGUCAUAUACACGCCAUGAAGACAUUGGACUCCACAUUUUGGUAAAGCAUCAGCAAAGCAGUUAGAUUCUCUAUACACAUUAACAACGGAGACAUUAUGGGAUCUCAUCACACAGAUUGGAAUAUGACCCAUCCAGCAUUUGAGAAACAGUGAAGAUGUCAAGUCCAGGAGCUCCAAACAAUGCCUCAGCCGGUGGAUCCUAUAAUUAGGUGUCUUUCUUCCAUUACUACUGCAGUAGUGAAGUUUUUAUUCCACUUGGUUCCCUUCUUACAGAGUUUCUGCUUGAAACACUCACUCCUGGAGCCGGCCAUUAAAUUGCUUGUUUUCAUUUUUAAUUUUGUAAUAUAAUAUAUUACAAAAUAUGAAUGGCCAACGUUAAAAUUUAUUGCUAAAUGUUGUAUUACCAUUGCUAAAAUUUAAUUUUAACAUAAAAAAAUCGUUGCUAGUUCA